AUGCCCGAGUAUCCCUGCCUUUCAUUGGUCGACAACCUGACGCGGCGCAUUGGCGCUAAAAAGGGUGAAAAGAGCGCGGCCUUUACACCUGUACGCGCACGUAGGGUGAGUACGUGGUUUGCUAAUGCACGAAGACGACUGAAGAAGGAGAAUAAGAUGACCUGGGAGCCUAAGAACAAGUUGGAUGAUGAUGAUGUCGAUGUAUCGGAUGAUGAUGACAAAGAUGACUUUAGAGAUGACAAAACAGUUUUAGGAGAUGAAGGACUGCGGCGGGAGAUGGCUAGGGAUGACAAGGAGGAGAAGGAGGGUAUCCCUUUACCCCCCAGCAAACCAAAGAUCUGGUCCAUGGCGGAACUUGCCGUUUGUAAAACUCCGCCGCCAGGGUCCGCCCAAAAUUGGCAGGCCCUACAAAAUGGAUUUUCUCUUGAUCCGUCCCUCCGCCAAAAUCCAGCCAUGUCUGUCCCGGCUUUAAGGCCAAACCUGUUUAUGGGUCAGGGACGGGAGUAUGCAGGUAUGGAAACCAAGCUAAACUCAGGACUCGGGGCGGAGGAUACGCCUCCUCAGACUCCGCCCAACAAUAUGAAACUUGGUCUGGCUCAGCACAAUGUGAUAGCCCUGAACCCCCAGCAGGCCUACCAGGCCUACCAAGGCCAUUAUACAGGCAGUUCAAUGCACUAUACAGACAAUACUAAACUAGAACAUCAUCAACAGUAUGAUGGAAUGAGUAUGGCGGAGGAUUGCUUCAACAGUUGAAUACAAUCUAAUGAGCUAAAAUCAACAUGAAAUCAUCCGCUGAUUUUUCUCUGUGUUUUACACAGAGAAUUCUGUAAAAAGUUAGCGAACACCCGCCUGGGACAGCUUAUAUAGCUGGUUUCGUCUAAAACUCGUCGUCAUCUUGCCCCGGAUUUAAAUCGGCUGAUUUAGUCUCGAUUUCCCCGCCAUCUUGCCUUAAAUGCAAAUAUCAAGUCAAUGGAAAGGUGCCAAAAGAGCAUAAAUAAUGUAUACUUUAUGUUAGUGUGUAAGUCCAAAAUGUUUGCCAUUAUUCCAUAAAAAAAACAUCACGUAUAAAGCAGGCCGGCACAUCA